GUUGUCGGCAAUCGGCAUGGUAGUCUACGUAACGCUAGACUGUCAUACACUGCAGAUUACAUUUAGAGAUUUUCUGAACUUUCAGUAUUAACUAAUUUACACAACCAACGAAGAAGCUCAAAAUGAGUCGAUCAUACAAUGACGAACUACAAUACAUGGACAAAAUAGGUAAAAAUACCUGGAGGAUCAAGAAAGGAUUCGUUCCCAACAUGCAGGUCGAGGGAGUUUUUUACGUCAACGACCCACUUGAAAAACUGAUGUUUGAGGAGCUGCGGAAUGCAUGCCGUGGUGGAGGUGUUGGAGGUUUCCUUCCAGCCAUGAAACAAAUCGGUAACGUGGCAGCCCUUCCUGGAAUAGUGCAUAAGUCCAUUGGUCUGCCAGACGUCCACUCGGGUUAUGGGUUUGCCAUUGGCAACAUGGCAGCCUUCGACAUGAGUGAUCCCACUGCAGUGGUCUCCCCAGGUGGGGUGGGCUUUGACAUCAACUGUGGCGUGCGCCUGCUGCGGACCAACCUAGAUGAGGGAGAUGUGCAGCCGGUGAAGGAGCAGCUGGCACAGGCCAUGUUUGAUCACAUCCCUGUCGGUGUGGGCUCCAAGGGAGUCAUCCCAAUGAGUGCCAAGGAUCUGGAGGAAGCUCUGGAGAUGGGAGUGGACUGGUCCCUGAGGGAGGGGUAUGCCUGGGCAGAGGAUAAAGAGCACUGUGAGGAGUACGGCAGGAUGCUGCAGGCCGACCCAAACAAGGUCUCCUCCAAGGCCAAAAAGAGAGGCCUACCUCAGCUGGGGACGCUGGGAGCGGGUAACCACUACGCUGAGAUCCAGGUCGUGGAUGAAAUCUACAAUGACUAUGCUGCCAAGAAAAUGGGCAUCGACCACAAGGGCCAAGUCUGUGUGAUGAUUCACAGCGGCAGCAGAGGACUCGGCCACCAGGUGGCUACAGAUGCCCUGGUGGCCAUGGAGAAGGCCAUGAAGAGGGAUAAGAUCAUCGUAAAUGACCGCCAGCUGGCUUGCGCCCGCAUCGGUUCACAGGAGGGCCAGGACUAUCUGAAGGGCAUGGCUGCUGCCGGCAACUACGCCUGGGUCAACCGGUCCUCCAUGACAUUCCUGACCAGACAGGCCUUCGCAAAAGUCUUCACCACCACACCAGAUGAUCUGGACAUGCAUGUGAUCUAUGACGUGUCCCACAACAUUGCCAAGGUGGAGGAACACAUGGUGGACGGCAAGCAGAAGACUCUGCUGGUUCAUCGGAAGGGUUCCACCCGCGCCUUCCCACCACACCACCCACUCAUCGCCGUUGACUACCAGCUGACUGGGCAGCCUGUUCUGAUUGGUGGCACAAUGGGAACAUGUAGUUAUGUUCUGACUGGCACGGAGCAAGGCAUGACCGAGACGUUUGGCACCACCUGCCACGGAGCGGGUCGUGCUCUGUCCCGUGCCAAAUCCCGCAGAAACCUGGACUUCCAGGAUGUGCUGGAUAAGUUAGCAGACAAGGGCAUCGCCAUCAGAGUGGCCUCACCUAAGCUAGUCAUGGAAGAGGCUCCUGAGUCUUAUAAGAAUGUAACGGAUGUCGUCAACACGUGUCAUGAUGCUGGUAUCAGCAAGAAGGCGAUCAAACUUCGUCCCAUUGCCGUCAUCAAAGGUUAACGGCUGAGGUCAUCCCUAAGGACAAUGUGGCAACCAGGUCCCAAGACUGGCAUAGUCAACAGGAAGUGAGAUCAUAGCUGAAUUCUUAAGAUGCUGUCAAACAGGAUGGUAAACAAAUGACCGAAAAGCGCCUGCUGAGCAUCAAAGAGAGGCUUCUUCCUGCGGAAAGGGCUUCCAUCUGUUAGUGAUGUCAUUCUAUCUAUUCUCCAACGAGCAAGAGCACAGCUCCACGGAUCCUUUCUUUUUUUGGACUCCUCAGUUUUCCCACAACUAAAAGUGGUCAAGUGGCUUCAAGCUUUUCUUUCGAUUGUUUGUUUCAGCUGCAAAACUGACAGUUGACUGAGCAGGCAAAAGAAAAAGCUAAAAAAAAAAAAUAAUAAUAAUAAUAAAUUCUAAUAUCAAUGA